UGACUGUUGAUCACUCAUGCAUGUACUGCGCCACAUAACCUACGAAUUCGAUUCUUUAAAGGAUAUACGAGCAAGUAAUCUCGUAAUUUUAUUGAAUAUCAAAGUUCAAAAAAUAAUGAUAAACAAUUAAAAUCGAACUUUUAAUUUGUGAAUAAUUCAAGUGAAAAAAAUAGUAAUAAAUCAUCAUUAAUUUAAUUGAGAAACAUUGUUCAAAAGGUGAAAAUGAAUAAGGUACCAAGUCGGCUUUUAUUAGCAAACAUAUCAAGAAUACAAGCUCAUGCUGUUCAUAAUAAUGCAGCAUUAUUAGAAAAUUGUCAACACAUUAACAACAGAAAUCCAAGAAAUCUAGAACUGAUGAGAAUAGCUCUAAAACCAACUGGUUAUUUUCUUGAACAACACAUUCCAUCAUAUUGGCAUAAAUUUACUAUUGACUCGUCAGCAAAGAAUACUACUUUUGAAGUUAUACAUUUUGAGAAUGGAAAAGUUCUUGAUGUAUCAACUAAAGAAUGGACAAUCAAAAAACGUUUAUACAGGUGUACCGACACCUCAACUUAUUUGAAUCUUGGCAGAAUUUUAGCAAAACGAUGUAUUGAAAGUGGAAUACAUUUUUUGUACGUAGAUCCCAAAUUAAAUCAAUGUGAAAAGCUCACUGCAGCUUUAAAUCAAAUAGAAGAAGGAGGAAUUGUACUAGAGGAACCUUCGAGAUAUGUAAAACCAAAUCGUUGGGAUAAUUUACGGCCUGAAAAACCAUGGGAAGUUAUAGAAAGUUAAUUUUUUUUUUUUUUUACAAAUAAAGUAGCUUUAUUAUACCUAAAAUAUUACAAUUUUGUGUAACUUUAUUCACAAGAAAUAAUUAUAUUAAAAAAUGCAAAAU